GUCGUGGCUUCCUGCUGCUGCUGCUGCUGCUGCUGGUUUCCUUUGCUUGUUCUUGUGGGCGGGCACUCGCUUUCGGAUUAUAAGGUUUCAGGCAGGCCCACCUUAUCUGCUGCCGGCCAAAAAAUAAAAAGAAACUUGCCCUGAUCAGACACAGACAUGUGGGCCAUGCUGGGACCUCUGUCAGUGACUGCUCUUAGCUUGCGAUGACUAGUUAUUAAGCAUCUCUGUGGACUGAAUUCCAACCUCAAACUCCAAGGCUGGGAUGCUUAAUUAGAUUUUUUUAUAUUUAAUUAAUUCCACAGCAGCUGUGUGCUACGCUGGUAUAUUCCAUAUGAAAACAACUAAUCAAGUCUGUCUUGAUGAUGGUUUCCCUUCCUUUUUGCGAAAAUGAAGUAGGCCUGACUCCAACCGUGGGCUCAUGGCCCAUCCAAAAAAUCAACAGCAACCAAUCAACAAAGUAGGCCCACCGCAAUCCGGCUACCUCACCACUUCUUCUCCAGUCUUCCUUCCAUCCCUUGGAAGAAGCCGCCUCCUCCUCCCCCUCCCCAGAUGAGGCACCCCGCCACGGCGCCGCUCUCGAGCCCCAAGUCUGGCGCCAUCAAGCGGCAGCGGCCGCUCAGCGACGUCACCAACCGCCUCCUCCCCGAGACCCCGACCCCCAUCAAACCCAGAAGGACUGGACUCCGGCCCCUCCCCACGCCCUCCGACGCCUCCUCGACCUGCUCCUCCACCGCAUCGGUCACGCCCGCACCCCAGCCUUCGUCCGCCGCCGUCAUCGAGGAGGAGCGCAGUGCGGUUAAAUCCCCCAUCUCCACGGUUUACGCGAGGCGCGGGACUACUGAGACUCGAAGGAGGAGGAGGACGAACCCCACCGCCACCACCCCCCCCAAGGGCAAGGAACCCGUUGCUGCUGCUGGAACGGCGAGUUGCCCUCCUCUUGGAAAAGCCACAAGGAAGAACAGCAGGAAAGACUCUAUGGCUCAGGAUACCCAGCCCAUUUCUUCUUCAGCUCCUUGUCAUGGAGCUAAAAAGAAGCGGCCCCCUCCAAGCAUACCCAAGUUGCCAGAAGACUUUGUGAAGAAGCAGAGAGCAUACUUUGCAGAUGUGGAUGCAUUUGACCUGCCCGAGGAAGAGGUGUCAGAAUCUGAGCUCGAGUGAAAACUGAAGCUGAUCCCAGAAUAUAUGGCCGUUUUUUCUGUACAGACGUAGUUUACUGGAAUUACGCUUACAAUGUAAGUUUGAGUUAUGGUGGUAGCAAUGUAUAGCUCUCGUAACACGAGGAAGAGGCAGUGUAACCCUUUAGUGAUCAGCGGUCAUUGGCCCACCAACGACCCUUUUAGCAUAGUAGUAUGACAAAUACUGAGACCUGAAACGAAGCAAGCUUUGGCUGCACGAGGAAAUGAGCCAGUUACUCAGUACUGGGCACUCGAUCUUUUAGCCUGUCCCGAAGCAGCUACUCUGGAUUAUAAUCUGUGCCCAUGUUUGUUCA